AUCACUCAUUCCAUUUUUCUUCUAAUUUUAAUCAUUUUUCAAAUUUAAUUAUUAAAUUCAUAAAAAAAACAACUCUCUUUUUCAACUGAAUUAUUAUACUUUCCUUUUCCUUUUCCUUUUAGAUAAUCCUUAUUCCUUUUUCCUUCAUUCAUAUUGCUUGCUCCUCUAUUUUUUUUCUUUCCUAACAUGGCUUCUAAUCUCAACUAUCAAGAGGAAUAUAUAGUGAACAGUAACGGGUCCAUGCUUUUUACAUGUAGAUGGUUGCCUGAAAAUGAGGAUCCUAAAGCUUUAGUUUUCUUAUGUCAUGGCUAUGCCAUGGAAUCUAGUAUUUCCAUGCAAGGGACGGCAACCCAAUUAAUAAAGGCGGGUUAUGGCGUGUAUGGAAUAGAUUAUAUUGGACAUGGAAAAUCGGAUGGACUUCAUGGUUAUGUUCCAAGCUUCGACGAACUUGUUCAAGAUUGUUGUGAUCAUUUUACAAAUGUUUGUGAAAGAAAAGAAAACAAAAGAAAACAUAGGUUCUUGUUGGGUGAAUCAAUGGGAGGAGCAGUUGUCCUACGCUUGCACAGAAAAAUGCCCGAGUUUUGGGAUGGGGCCAUUUUAGUUGCACCCAUGUGUAAGAUUGCGGAUGAUAUGAAACCAAGUCCCUUCGUAAUCAGCUUUUUAACGAAACUCGCCAAAAUUGUGCCAACUUGGAAAAUUGUUCCUGGUCAAGACAUCAUUGAUGCUGCCGUUAGAGAUCCUCAAAAGAAAUUAGCGGUGAGGGCAAAUCCAUACUGGUACACCGGAAAGCCACGUCUACAGACAGCUCACCAGCUUUUAAUUGCAUCCAUUGAUCUGGAAAAAAGGUUAAACGAGGUGACAUUGCCAUUUAUAGUAAUGCAUGGUGGAGAUGACAAAGUAACAGACCCUGAAAUUAGCAAGUUGUUAUAUGAAUCAGCAUCAAGCUUUGAUAAAACCUUCAAAUUAUAUCCAGGAAUGUGGCAUGCUUUAACUUAUGGUGAACUCCCUGAAAAUACAGAUAUUGUAUUUACAGAUAUUAUAGCAUGGUUGAAUGAUAGGUCUAAUGGAAGUAACCCAAGAUUGGAGAGGGCUGGCAAGGCUAUGGAAGACCCCAACAAUAAGUAAAAAUUUUAAAUAAAGAUUAAUAAUAAAAUGGUAUAAAUGUACAAUCAAAAGGAUGAUAUGUAUAGGAAUCAAACUUAGCUUAUUUAUAUACUUAUCUCUUCAGUUCAUUUUGCAUUAUCUUAAACAAAAAUUAUUCAUAUUUUAAUUGAAAAUAAUGUAAAAUGAGUGAACUGAGAAAUAUACUUUUAUCAUUUAUGCACAUAAAA